AGGCCGGUGAAUGUGUACGUCGGCUGCUGCUGCCAGAUCGAGACGUUCUACCGGUGCUUUGUCUGCAAAAACAUCUGUAAAAUCGUCAAUAUUCAAGACAAUAAGUGUGGAGUGCAACGACAUUGGACUUUAAUCGGGCAGAACUGCCAUGCAACAUACAUGUAGGGUACCCACCAUCUGCCAGAGAUUGCUCCGUACCACAAUCCCAUACUACUUCACACAGGUCAGAGGUCAAACCGAGGUCACACAAGCUCACCACCCUUGCAUCUUGAGUAGUCGAGGUUCACAUACUCGGAAGGCGUCUAACCUGUUUCUGGCAAAGACUUGUUCCCGCUCUGAUCCUGGUUUGGGUUGGACCCCUGUUUCUACUUUCAAGGAAGAAGCCACAGAGCAGCCCUGGUAUACAUCCUCAGACAUGUCGUCAGCAACUCAAGAUCCUCAGACCUUUGAGAAGGUCUUCUACGAACUGGUGGACGAACUCACGGAAGAUGACACCGCUAAUCCAGAGAUCGCUGAUGCAGCAGCUUGGUUCAAAGAGAUGCUGGUUUACAAUGUUCCGGGAGGAAAGAGAAACCGCGGUCUUACUGUGGUGAAUGCGUUCAGACAACUGGCAAACAGCGUUCAAAGCACAGAAGAUAGCAUUCAUAUAGCUAUGGUUCUCGGCUGGUGUGUCGAAUGGCUACAAGCCUACUUCCUAAUAGCCGAUGAUAUGAUGGACCAAUCAAAGACAAGGAGAGGUCAGCCUUGUUGGUAUAAGAAGGAUGGUGUGGGAACAGUUGCAAUCAAUGACUCAUUCUACGUUGAAGCCUGCAUCUACAAAAUUCUUAAGAGAUUCAUCAGUCAUCAACCCUACUAUGUCCAAGUUAUGGAAUUAUUUCACGAGACGACGUACCAGACGAUCAUGGGUCAAAGUUUAGAUCUCCUGACGUCACCAGAAAAUGACAGAGAUCUCAACAGGUUCACAGAACAGAGAUAUGCUGCAAUAGUCAAAUGGAAGACUGCUUUCUAUUCCUUCUAUCUGCCCGUUGCUCUGGCUAUGCAUAUGGUCGGAAUAUCAGAUGGCAAGUCUCACAACAAUGCAAAGACAAUCUUACUUCAGAUGGGGCAUUUCUUUCAAGUUCAGGAUGACUAUUUGGAUUGCUACGGUGCACCAGAGGUCAUCGGUAAAAUUGGGACGGACAUAGAAGAGAAUAAAUGCGGUUGGCUGGUUGUUCAGGCGCUGAAGAGGGUCACACCGGACCAGAGACGUAUACUUGAGGAAAACUAUGGGAUAGAUGAUGCCGAGAAGGUCGCGAAGGUGAAAGAACUCUACGCUACCCUUGACCUGGAGGGUGUGUAUAGGUCGUAUGAAGAAUCCAGCUAUAAUGAUUUGAUGGAUACAAUUAACAGCCACAGUGAAACGUUACCAAAAGAUAUAUUUGUCGCUUUCGCCAAGAGGAUUUAUAAGAGGAAUAAGUAAACUUUUUUAU